UCUCAAACCAAUUUCGCCCCACUCAUCCCUAACUUACACACCAUUUAUUUUAUUUACUUGGAAUCUUUGGAUGGCUUUUGGGGGACACACAAACUUCCUCGUUUUCUUUCACACUUCUUAGCCAUCUCUCUCUCUCUCUCUAAAAUUAGUUGCCUGAAACUGGAUUUGUUAUUGCUGACGGUGGUGCACUGUCGUUUUAUCUCAGGGUUUGGUUACUUUAAUUGCAUCUUAGCUAGGGUGGUGGGGUUGGGGGCCCAUUUAAGUUUUAUGUCCGAAAUUUAGUCUCUAGAUUCUUUGAUUUAUUAUUGCUCCUUAGAUUUUCUUGGAAUGAGGUCAAAAUGUGUAGCACCUCCUGCUUGCUUAUUGGGAAUAGGGUUUUGAGAAAUAUUGGCCAAAAUGGGUGGUGGGCUUACCACUAAAAGGUCCAAUUCAACAUAAAACAAAAGGCAAAAGCUCUUGGAUUACUGAUUUGAUUAGCAUCUUGUCCUCACAUUAGCUCAAGUUAAAUCCAAAUUAGAGGUAGCUAGGAUUUGAUGGAACGCAGAGGUCAAGAGAGAGAUAUCGGCCUGAAUCCGGAAUCAGAAUCUCCGGUGAAGCUGCCGCUUGCCGCCAUUGUUUCGACUCCGGCGGAUAGGAGGGGAAAUGCGACGGCGCCUACCCGCCGCGGGAGCGCCAUUUUCAGCCCUACCCAAACCCUAGAUCACCGGCAGCGGCUGAAAGACCCCUCCCCAGAUCCAGAUCCAUCCACCCCCACAGCUGAGGGGCCGUCAAAUUCAAGGACUCCGCCGUCGCCGCCAAACAAUUGUGUUAUUAGAUAUAGAGAAUGCCUGAAAAAUCACGCCGCCAGCAUGGGCGGUCAUGUCGUCGACGGAUGCGGAGAGUUCAUGCCCAACGGAGAGCAAGGCACGGCCGAGGGUCUGCGAUGCGCCGCCUGCGAUUGCCACCGCAAUUUCCACCGGAAAGAAGUCGACGGCGAGGCGCAGCCCUCCAACCUGUACCAAUUCCGGACACCAGUGGUGAACACCCAAACUCCGCAGGCGGCGGGAGGCUUCGGCGCGGCGGCGCCUGCUAUCAUGAGCUUCGGCGAUGAGUCUUCAAGCGAGGAUCUGAACAUGGGCGGCGGCGGGGGGCAUGCAGCGGGGUCGAAGAAACGAUUCCGGACGAAAUUCAGCCAGGAGCAGAAGGAUCGGAUGCAGGAAUUGGCGGAGAAAUUGGGGUGGAGGAUUCAGAAGCAAGACGAGCAGCAAGUGCAGCAGCUCUGCCAAGAAACCGGCGUAAAGCGCCAGGUUUUCAAGGUGUGGAUGCACAAUAACAAGCAGGCCAUCAAGAAGAGGCAGAUUUGAACGUUUUAAUUAGGUGAGUCAUCAAAUCUUAAUUUACCUCUCUAAUCUUAAUGUAAUCAUUACUUGAUUAAUUAAUCACCUCAUUCUUCCCUCUAA